AUGAGGAUAUUAUCAUCCAAGAGGAGGUUGCUCCUAUAUACUAUUUUAGCUAUAUCGACCUUCUGGAUAGUUCCGAAUAGAUCCGAUGGUGAGACCGAAAAUCUUGAAAUUGGGAACGAAUCUGAAAAGCUUGAUGUUAAUAAUAAUGACACACCUAUAUUAGAGGAGAUAAACGCACAUGAUGAAGAGAUUGAGAUCGAUGGAUUCAUUGAGAAGCAAAUGAAGUUAGAGUUUGGAUCUGAAAUAGAUGAAAUUGUCAAACUAACGGACGAAGAAAUUAGAGAAGUUAUGAGAAAAUCUAAGAAGGAAAAGGAGGGAUCAAUACCGAAUUCUUCAAAUCUACAGAAUUACUCAGACCCAAUCGAUAAAGUUCAAGGUACAUUAAUUGAUAAUGAUAGAAGGAUACGAAUGGACGAGCCACCAGAUGAACAGCCGUGGUCACAAUAUGAAAUUGCACGGAGAAUACCCAAGUACUAUAAAUCAAACAAAGGGUUGAUAAAUGCAACGAUAUUCACCUUGUGUAGAAACUCUGAACUUUUCAGUAUAUUAGAUUCAAUCCAUCAAGUAGAGACUAGGUUCAACACACGAUAUCAUUACGAUUGGGUUUUCCUCAAUGAAGAACCAUUCAGUGAGGAAUUUAUUGAGUUAACAUCAAACUUGGUCAGUGGAAGAACGAGAUAUGGGCUGAUACCUGGUGAACAUUGGUCAUAUCCGGAGCAUAUAGAUCAAGAGAAGGCCCGCAAGAUUCGUGAAAGUAGUUACUGGAGGCCUAUAUUGUAUGGAUCAAGUGAAUCCUACAGACAUAUGUGUAGGUUCAAUUCAAUGUUUUUUUAUAAACACCCAAUAAUGAGAGACUAUGAUUAUUACUGGAGAGUUGAACCAGAUGUUAAAUUUCAUUGUGACAUUUUAAAUGACCCUUUCAAAUUCUUAAAAGAAAAUGGUAAGAAAUAUGGAUUCACAAUUUCAAUGAAAGAAUUACCAAAUACAAUCGAAACAUUGUGGCACCAUACCAGAAAGUAUUUUAAGAGUUUACCUAUUGAUUAUUUCUCACCCGAUUAUAGAAGAGAAAACUUGGUGAAAUUCAUUAGUGAUGACAGUGGUAUUAGCUAUAACUAUUGUCAUUAUUGGACAAAUUUUGAGAUUGCAGAUUUGAGUAUCUUUAGGAAUGAAAUAUAUGAAGGGUAUGUUCAAUAUUUGGACAAGGCAGGAGGUUUCUUCUAUGAGAGGUGGGGUGAUGCACCGAUUCACUCAAUUGUAUUUAGUUUAAUGUUGAGGAAAGAGGAGGUACAUUUAUUUCAAGACAUCAGUUAUGAACAUACAGUUGCGCAAAGUUGUCCUUUGGAUAAAGAGAUACGCAAAACUGCCAAAUGUGUAUGUGAUCCGAUUGAUAGUGAGAUUCUAACAGAUGAUUAUUGUAAUGUUAGAUUUUUGGAGGCAGCAGAUGUUGAGAAGCCCGAAGACUUUGAUGACUAUGUAAGUAAGAUUUAUGGUAGGAUUUUUGAGAGGAUAGAAUUAAGACAAGAGAGGAAGAAAAUAUUCAAGGAGAAUAUACGCAGGGAAAGUUUAAGACGACGUAAGAAAGCAGAAGAACUGAGGGGACAUCAAUUCAGUUUGAAAAAAUCCAGGUAG